AGGGCAAUGAGUUCAUCUUAUUGAUUAGCGCAUAAACUUCAGCGCAUAGGCCUACUAUAAUCACACUAUCACUAUGCUAAAACUUCUUGGUAUCCUGUGUGGCUAAAUAUACUGGUACUCAGUUGCAACUCGUGAUUGUUCUAUAUAGACAUUCCUUUGUAGUGGAACUGGAUAAAUUAGAGUCAUCAAAACAGGCCUCUGUUAUUCUCUUGGACUUGACGUCGUUCUUGCAAUAUUGGAGUCGUAUUUUGAUUCAUGUAGGACUAUUAAUAUUAUUGUCAGCAUACAGUCAACAUAUAAAAGCAAUCAUGGACCAAGGUAAAUCCAACACCAGAAUCAAUAGCCCAUUGUCGACAAGAUCGUGGAGGAGUAGACUCGUCGUCGAGCCCCUUACUGUCACCUUCAUGCUGGCGUAUGGCUUGCUGACUACGAUUCGUGUAGAAUACCUCAACAAACGGCUGUCAGAAGAGGCUAAUUUCACCCAACAAACAGGGAAUACCAGUGUAGUAUGCACGCUGAAUACAUCAUCUGAUGAAUAUGACCGUUAUGUUCAAGUUCAAGCUCAAACAUCAUACUGGACGCUCUAUCUCGCGGUAGCGCAGUCCGUUCCCGCGUUAUUUUCGGCCAACUUUCUCGGAGCUUUAAGUGACUCUAAAGGUCGCCGUAUCGCAAUGAUGUUCCCUAUCAUUGGAUUUGCGAUUUACUCCAUCAUCUAUGCUCUAGUAGCCCAAUAUCACUGGCCGUUGUCCGUGCUCUUCGCUGGGACAGUUCCGCUGGGACUCUGUGGCGAUUUCCUGACGCUGGUGGCGUGCUCCUUCGCGUACGUCGCGGACACGACGACAAGCAAGCAGCGGACAUACCGGAUGGUGAUCCUCGAAUGCCUGACUACCCUCGGGGCAGGGUCGGGGCAAGUGUUGGUCGGGUUUAUGAUCGAAGCAACUGGAUAUCCACCAGUCUACUAUACCAUCCUCGGGAUAAUGGUCAUAUGUGCCCUCUACGUCUACCUCCUGCCCGAAAGCCUACCGAGCGUCAGCGGAAAGUUGCCCGGAGAGCAUUCGGCGGAUGUCGUGCCGGCUCCCCGAAGAGACUUCAACAUGGCGAAGUUUGUCCGAAGUCUAGCCGAUCUUUUCCGACCGGAUCCGAAGGGACGUUGCUGGAAGAUGAUUUCGUACAACUACAUUCUCUUUCAGUCUAUUCUCAUUAUCGUGUCGUUCCUGUCGACCAACGUCCUCUUUGCCGAAGGUCAGCCAUUCUGCUGGUCAUCAGCCCUUAUUGGUUUAUUUAACGGACUGACUUUCAUAUUUUCUGGAUUUGGUCUCGUCGUUGGCGGGUACGUGCUUCGGCUCUUUUUCUCAGACCAUUGUACCAUGCAGAUAUCCAUCCUCUCUUUCGUAUCAUGCCUCAUCAUGACGGCUUAUUCAAAGUCAAACAUUAUGCUCUUCUGCGGUAAGUGAUUUAUUCCUGAUAUUUCAAAAUCUUAUUCAUUCAUUCUGUUAUUUGGCGGAAGUGGUUUACAGUACACCAUGUGUAAAGUCCAAGAGGGACUGAGAUAGAAGUGGAUAGAAAUGGAGGUGAAAUGGAGAGGCGAGAAAGUGGAGGUUGGGACGUAGAGUAUUCUUUUCGAAAAAAGUAUAGUCCUUAAAAGGACUGUAAACCAGAGUGAAUGGAAAGCUGAGUAGUAGGCAGUCAUGAGUAGGUGAGAGAAGGCUGGCUUGAGUCAGCGGCGGAGUAGUAGCAGUAGCAAUUGUGUAGGCGACGUUUCAGGCAGGUUGACUUUCCGUCUUCCGGAGUGAUGAUUAUUUGAUUUAAUUUUAUUAUUAUUUUGGUGUCGGAUGAGGGGGGGGGGGGGCUCCUGCUUUGUUUCCUUUCGCCAAACUGUAAUUUAACGUGAAUAAGAAUCAGAAAAACACAAAUGUGCAUGUACUCUAUCUGUGACAAUUACCUUUCCAUUGAUGCGAGGAAGACAGCUUGUUCAGCUGUUUCCAUCUAAAAUUUGCUACAUUGGCGCUGCGAGCAUAACUCGCGCACGCUAAUUGGGACGGUUGACUGAUAUAAAUGUUUCAAACCGAUGCUCUGUGAUGGUUAGCAAUUAGCUGAAAAUACCAUCGCUAUAAUACUUUUGUUCAAAAAUAUAAAUAUUCAAUAUUCAAUACAUUAAAGUUAUGAAUUCUAUACACCUAAAAUUUCAAAGUACAUUGGAACGUAUAUUCCAACCUCAGUGAUUUUCAUUGAUGUUUUAAUAAUUUACUUUUAGAGCAUAAUCGAUUACUGUAUUAUCUAACGGGUAUAAACUUCUGUCGGGCAUACUGGCAUCGAUUACAAUUUAAAGUAUUUUUUUAAAAGUGAUAUGUAUUCGCAAAAUUUCAUGUCAUUUUAUUUAUUGUGGCCGUUAAACGGGUAAUUGUUAACACAUGACGGUUUUCUCUCCAUAAAGAAAAUCACAAUAUAUGUAUGAUAAAAAUUAGAAAUCAAAUGAGCAUUGAAUGAUAUUAACAUGAGCAUAAUUAAACAGAAUUAAAAGCACAUGUAUGUUUUCUUCUGUAUUUUUAACGUUUUUCGUUUUCUCUCAAAUACCUAACCCUAACCCCAUAUAAGAUAACAUUAUAAAUCUCAUAAGAUAAUUAUACAAUCACUAAAAUAAGUUACACAUUAUCAUACAAUUGUCCAGUGGUUAUUGAGAAUGAAAAAAUAUAAAAUGAUAAUAAUGAUGAAGAACCUUGCAACUAACUAGUACAGAUCG